AUGGUGAAUGUUCUCCUGUUGAAGAUGUUUCAACCUCCAUUCGAAAUGGAAAAUGGUCACAACAUGAUUAACAUGUCAACAAUGAAUGAUAUGCAAAUGAUCCCUUUUGACGAAAAUGACCCUGAGGUGAUAGCUCGCCGUAUUAAGAACAGAGAAAGGCAACGGAGAUAUAGGGCUAGAAAGCGUCAAGAAGCCGAUAUGAAGAGAGCAUCAUAUAUCAUAAGUCAACCAAGUCAACCACCAGUUCCCGAAACCCUAGUCAACAAUACCCCCAUGGAAAUCGUAACCCGUGUCUACAGUCAAAGAAACUGGAAAAAAGACGCACGAAGGGCACAUCUGCUAAAACAACAACAACAACAUCAGCAGCAACAACAACAACAACAAGAACAACAGAAUGUUUCUAGUUCUACAUCUACAAAAGAAAGUAUAGAUUUAAGAAAUUUGGGAAAUCAAUCGAAUUUUGUGGACACAAGAGAACUUUCGAGUACCCCGAGUGGAAGAAAUUGGAAAGCAGAAGCAAGAAACAAAAGAAAGUGA